UCUCCCUUCUGUCAGCUGUAUGGAGUGGAGCCAGUUGAAAGCGCAAUUCUAUCCGGUGGAAAGCCAGGCCCUCACAAGAUUCAAGGGAUAGGUGCUGGUUUUAUACCAGGUGUAUUGGAGGUUAAUCUUAUUGAUGAAGUUGUUCAAGUUUCAAGUGAUGAAUCCAUCGAUAUGGCGAGGCUUCUUGCUCGUAAAGAAGGUCUUCUUGUGGGAAUAUCAUCAGGUGCAGCAGCUGCCGCAGCAAUCAAACUUGCAAAGAGGCCAGAAAACGCCGGGAAGCUUUUUGUGGCGGUGUUCCCAAGUUUCGGAGAGAGGUACCUAUCGACCGUACUAUUCGAUGCCACAAGGAAAGAAGCAGAAUCCAUGACCUUCGAGGCUUGAAUAGCUCUCAGAGCUGCAAGAAAAAAAAUCUCCAUUUCUUUGAUUAGAGACGCCACUAAUAAAAAAAAAAGGAUGUUACAGUUUCUUCCUAAAGAGAAUUGUUCAUCUUCAGUUUCAAUGCGUCUUUUGUUUUAAUUUAUGUAUCUUCUGUGUGUGUGAGAACAAAACUCAAAACUCUAUAUUUCUUCUUGUGAACGAACCCACUUGCUGUUAAUAAGUUUGAAUUUUCUGUGUGA